UCCGAGGAAACCAGACACUACAACACGUUCACAUUUCGUUUCCUCUCUACACACAGUUUAUUAUCCAAACCCAACAUGGAAAAUUAUCUUCGUUAAUGAAACGACUAAUUAAUUAUUUCCACCCUCUGUCUGCGUUUCCUUUUUUCCCCCAACCUCCAGUGGAAAAAUAUGAAUUACAGCACUGCGCGGCGGACAUGCGCGGAGCUGCAGCGAAUAUGGCGGCUUGCAUCUGAUAGAAAGUGAGGAAUCUCCCGUCAAAAUACGCUGUUCAGACGGUGGGUACGGCUCAUGUCUCAUUAUUUCUCUCAGUAUUGGUUUCUCUCUCUGUUUGUUAUCCGGGCUGAGGUGAAAGAGAGCAGUUUUCCCCGCUGCUCGUCCCCGCAGUGACAGGCAGCAGUGUGUUUAUCCCGUGUUAUGCCGUGCAGGCGGACAGCUUGUUGGUACAGUGUAGCGUCAUUGAACUCUGCAGAUUUCCCUUUGCUUUAUGUUUACUGGCUUCCAGCAGUGCAACUAAGAAAAGGCUCGGCUCAUUCAUAUCGCCUUGUAGUAUCACGCAAGCCUGAGAAAACCUAACAUUAACAAUGGGCAGCCUGUGUAUUGAUCAGUGUCCCGCCCACUAUAUGUGAGCAUAAAGCAAAUGAAAAUGCGUCACAGACUUUUCUGCAAAUUAUGUUUUCAUCUGCUCUUUUAGUGUUUUAAACCCCAAACAUGAAACCUGCAAAUGAAAAAAAUAGCAUUAAACAUUUGAAUCACACAUGCAGGUUUACAUUUUUACAGAUGCAUCAUACUGUAACUUCAUUUGAAUAGAGGAAUCAAGAAAAAAGAUUUGAUGAGAAAUAUUGGAAAGUGGAAGCAGUUUAAUGAAACCUAGUGACCAUCCUGGAGGUGACGCCCUGUAGAGGCUCACACACCCCGCAGCCUGCAGUUCAAAUGUCAUCCUUGUACUGUGCGUAGUCCAAACUGAGGAGACAGAGGGGGCUGUGAGGUCUGUAUUCAUGAUAAGCAAAGUUUUACAUUUUAAGGCCUCUCACAAGUCUCUCUCUGGUCUAGAUGUGUGUGACAAUGUGUCACCUCAGCAAAAUGACCAGAGGACUGAUCCACAUCCAUCCUGGAAACUAAUUCCUCAUUACGCUUAAAUGCCAAGAUAAGCUUAAGGAACACUUUUUCCAAGAAAUAACAUAACUUUCUAUUUUUGUUCUUUUUUUUUUUUUGGACUAGUGAAUUUGAGCAUGUGACUUUUUUUUCAUUAUCGUAUGAGAGAUUGUGAAUUGAUAAAUAGUGCAAAGUUUUGAGUGUAUAUUUGCCUUUCCCCACAAAUUUGACAUAAUCUUAACUUUUGUUUGCUUCUUCAACCGUUUUCUGAAUGAGUAGAUUCUUAUUUUUGUAUGUUCGUCUGCAAAAGCAUCACAUUAAAAGAUAUUCAGUUCACAGACACAAACAGCAAAGAAAAGCAGUACAUUUUCACAUUUUAGAGGUAAAGCAGAGAGCAACAAGUGGCAUUAUUAGUAAUGACUGAUUGGCAACAUGAUUAAAUUUCUUUGAGUUAUGUGGUCUCAGACCUUGUUUUUUUUGUAAUGUCAACCUCAGAGUCUUGGAGGUCACAAAAAUAAGCAAUUUAGACACUUACACAUCUACUUAAGAUUGUUUUCUUGCAUUGAAUGAAUUUACAGCACAGUAUAUUUUUGACUCCUUUUAAGUGAAGUUUAACCUUUUUUUUUUUGCUAUUGAAAAGCAAAAUAAUCAGUCCACAGUCAUUUAAAUAACUUUAAAUUUUAAUUUACAAUAUAAUAUUAAAUUUUUUAUCAUUUUAUCACAGACAGGCAUAUAUAGAAACAGGCUUUUGACAUACUGUAUAAAUACACAAAAAUAUUUAACUGUUCAUAAAGAAUAUAGUGCAGUGCUGCUCCGUCUGAUUUUGUCAUGCAAACUUGACACCUGACAAUGUAGUUGUAGUGUGCUGGGGUCCUGCUUUUAAUUGGCAUGUGCUUAAAUUCAAAGUUUUGAUGAUUAGUUGUCGUCAAUAUUAAGCAAAAAUAAUACAUGUAUCUAUUGUAUCUAAGCUUUUUGGACUUUUGAUGGGCACUUUUUUCACAAUGUUAGACAUUUUAUAGUAUUAAUCAGAAGACUAAAACCUUAUUUGUAGUGAUCCUUUUGCAAGAAUAAACUCCACUCCAAGGUUCAGAACAUGCAUUGAAAAAGUCUAAAAACGGACAUUAAAACAAGAGUUUAACAGUUAUAAAAGUCAUUAGUUGGUUAUUUAUGUGGUUUUGGGAUUUAGAAGAGCAUCAAAUACUACAAACUGCAAAGCUUUAUAUGUGAAUUUUGUAUUUUUAUUAAAAAAAUUGUUUGGUUUAAUUUAUAUAUUUUUUAUUACAUGAAAGGAAAUACUAUCUCUAACACUCAGACAGCUCCUCCUGUCAGAUAAAAAGUUAGCACAUUUCCCAAAAGCAUAUCUCAGGUCAGGUUUCAGAUCUCCUCACUCUUCAGGUUCGUGAAGGUUACACUAAUCCCAGAUAAGUGGCUGCCUCAGUGUUAAGGGAGGUUGUAAAAGUGAGUGCUUCCUGGUCUGAUGGGGUUUUUUUUUUUCGUCUGACCCUCUUGAGUGAGGCAGACAGACCAGGGCAAACAGCGAAGCAGUCUGGAGCUGGAAUCCUUUUCAUGUCAGCCAGCAGACGUCCCACAUCCACACGUCUUAAUGGCUUUUUAUGGCAGCUUGGAAUCUUUAUGGCGUCUUUUGACUCAAUGGGAUUCGCUGCAGAUACAGAGGGGUCUUCAGGGAGGGGGGCAGCCACAAUACAGUGCAGAUGCUCCAGUCUUUGAACACACAGAGAGGAGACAUUGUCUGGCUUCUUGGGGGAUUCAAACCUUCGAUCUUUUUGGACUUAAUUCCCUCUUUUUUCACUCUCUUGGAUUACUUAUCCUCUUAAUUUUGGGCUGGCACUAUGUAUGGAUUUUGUCAAGUGCUGGAUUAUGAUCUGGGUUUUUGUAAUUGUGGGUGUAUGGGUCAGACGUUCAGCAAUAACAGUGUGGUAACAGUUUUUUGUUUCAUGUUCAAACGUGCAUUUUGCAGAGUGUGGUGUUUUACUGGAGUAUGGUUUGAUUAUUUGUUUAUUUCAGUCAUCUAUUUUUGCUCUUAUUCUGCAUUAUUUUCACAUGUUGCACUCUUAAAGCUGUUACAUUGAACAGGCUUGUGCAAAAUGGAGAAUGUACUGGUGGCUUUAAUUGUGGGAGAACUAAACAUAACUGUUUAGCCACUGCAGGCCUCCCUGCCCUCUUUGCAGCACUGUGCUUAAAUCCCACAUAUUCUAACUGGCAGGGAAAGUCUCAAAGAGACUUAAUGGGUUGCUUAUUUUCUUAAAGUGUUAGUUUUCUCUUUGUAUAGGUAGGCAGUGUAGAUUUGGGUAAAUGUUUCUGUAACUGGACUUCAUAGUGAAUUUAUGGGACUGUUUUCUGCUGUGAAUUGAUAAAGCUUUGAUAAAAAUGUACAACUGAUCCUAAAUAAAUCAUAGUACAGUCUGUCGUAAGAAGCACUUUAGUUAAAUGGUUUUUGGAGACAUUACCUUUGGCUUUGGCUCUACAAACAUGUUGAUUAGACUUUAAUUUGGCAAGAAGACUGACAAGAAGAAAAUCAUCUCUAGAUUUGAACCUAUUACCACACUUGAAAUAUGACAAAUAGAGAAAGAUAUGUUAAUUUAAGUGGCAUCUUUCUGCAGUGAAGAAAUUCAGAGAGCUUUGCAUUUGACAGAAGAUAUACGAAGAACACAAAAUACUUCAAAGUUACAAUUUUUGGAUGUAAGAAAGAAAGUAGUUAAUAUGUUCUUAAUCUAAAUGACACCAACCAUGGCUUUUGCGAGUUUAACUCUUUACUAUAGGAGCAUUGAGAAGUCCAAGAUGAUUUGAGAGGUCUGAAUCAUUAAUAACAGCCCUGAACCGCUCAGUGCUUUUUAAACAGUGGAGUGUUUGAGAAUCAAGUCUCAGGCUAACAGGGUGCCACUUUACAGACCUCGGAGAGGGAGUAACGUUAAAAAAUUGUCUUACACAGUCUUCUGUUAGGGGAAAAAAGUUUUCAUGAAUUUUGCAUGCGAGUUUGUACACUCUGAAUUUUAAAAAGGGUCUUUAUCAAAAAUUAAUUUGAACAAAAUCCCAAACGGAAGUGUUUAGAGUAGUCUGUGCAUACUGGCGUUUUUGAGUGAUAUUAAUAGUUUUUUUUUUAUCUCUCCAGUGUCUCCAGACAACACCGUUCCUGACUUCAUCUCCUCUGCAGCAGCACCUUAAAGUCUAAUCAUCAUGGGCCGAACACCGCACAGAGGUACACCCUGAUAUUGCGGUUUUCUUCGUUGUGUUUUCCUUAAUCUGUUUCCUAAAUAUCUCACUUUGAUCCAUCAAAACCCGCUCAGUUGAAUUUUUGCCAUUGAUGUGUUUGGGGUUCAUUUUGGAGCUGUCUCCGAGCUCUUGCAAUAGCAGGUUUUAUGCCCUCAUUCUCACAGUAAUUACAGUCUGUGUAUCAGUCGCUUCCAGAUCCUGAUGAGCCGUUCAAUCAUCUUUUGAUUUCAGAUCAGAAAGACGAGAAGGAGAGACGCAGCAGCAUCACAGCAGGCUCUGCCCUCGACAAAUCUAAUGGUUGGCAGCUCUGAUCUCUGGCCUCUUUUUUUCUCUUUAUUGUUAAUCUCUUUAUUGUUGGUUGUAUCUCAAGCUUUUUAAGUUAAAAGCUGUUUUGAUUCAGCCUCUGUAGGGGUAUUAAUUGCAAUUUACAAUAAUCAGAAUAACCCUCUUUUCUUAACCUCUUUGGAGUAUAAACACAAGCAGUCACAAGUUACUUGCUGUGCUGUAGCGAUUGUAGCGAGUCAUUUAGCAUUUUACCCACAUCUGUGAGAAAGAUUGAUCAUCAUUGGUUGUUUUGAAUUCGAAACUUUGGCAUGAAAGGGGGAAAUUUGUACUUCUCUCUCAUCUAUCAAUCAUUUUAUUUCCAAGAUGAAUAUAUACAGGUCUUCUUAGUUUGUGUACUCACCUUAGUUUAAGAGUAGUGAGAUGGUAAGGUUCGAGUAACUACUUCCAACUAACAAACUAAUACUUUAUACUAACAUUGCACUAAAUAAAAGUGCAAAAAUAUCAUGAAAGUGUGAGGGGCUGCUUAAAGCGUUAGAAUAGCUGAGAGUUAUUCCUUGUAUCUUCAGCAGAAUUAGUAACUACCAGGUUCAUAAACUAACUUUGGCUUUAACUAUUAUUAAUUAACUUUGUUUUCUCACACAGUCACUCAGUAAUCAUUGGUUUCUUUGUAUUGAUUUUGUUGCUAGAACCAUUCAGCUGGGAGGAUUACUUGAGAGAAACGUCGUCCAUUGCAGCAUCCCCUUCUUGCUUCAAACAGGUAGACGAUGAUUAUCACGAUGUCUCAGGUUCUGUGUCAGUUCAUUCAUUUUUUUUUUUAUCUCAUAAUAAACAUUUGUAAGACAUUUUUUUGAGCUUGUUUUGAAAUUUUACAUCAUCAGUAGGAACAAAUGUUCCUGCACAGGCCCAGAAAGACUGAAACUGCUGAGAAACUACUAAUACUCUUUUUACUCUCAGGACUUUAAUGGAAUUUGUUGACAUAACAAAGCUUCUAACAAUGCUAGCUUUGUCCUCUAUUUACUGUAAAUGAACAUAUAAUCCCAGUGUGUACAGUACUCUUACCCACUUGAUUACAUCAACCUUUUUCAAUGAAGAUAAGUCAGUCAAUCUGAGCGCUCCAGCCAGCCUCGUUUUAACUGUAUUAGACUUGAAGCAAGACAGUUUCAUAAUACCUCCUGUACUUUUUCGUCACAUCAGUGUGUAGAGUGUAUAUGGGUUUAAAGCAUAUAAAAGGUAAUACAUUCAUAGGUAAUGCUAGAGUCCUAAAAGAGACUAAAGAACCCUUUGUGUCCAUUUACAGUCCAGAGUCCCCCCGUCCAAUGACUUCAAAGCUGGCAUGAAACUAGAGGCCCGAGACCCUCGCAACUCUAACUCUGUGUGUAUUGCAACUGUGAUGGGCAUGAUGGGUAUUAGACUGCGCCUGCGUCUGGAUGGCAGCGACAACACCAACGACUUCUGGAGGCUUAUCGACUCAUCUGAAAUCCAACCAAUAGGAACCUGCGAGAGGAACGGGGACAUGCUGCAGCCGCCACUGGGUGAGUGAGAAGAGGUUAUACUGUCACUGUCUGCCAAGAUUUGACAGGAGAAAAUAUUUUUCCUGUUGAAGUUUGAAGCUUUUGCCGGGUCUCUUUGUGAACGAGCUUCUGUGCUGUUCUGGGAAAGGAAAGUUAAAGGUAGUGCAACAAAACACCUCUUAAACAUCAUCUUAGAUGUCUUUUUUUUGUGGGGCAGUGCAUGAACUCUGCAUCCAAAUGCUUUUAGAACAUAACAUGACAAAUUACACAAAUAAGACUUAAUAAUGCAACCUGAACCUGUUAAAACUGGGACCGCUAAAUCCAUAAAGGAUUCAAAGAUCAUCUCUGAUGAGCCACCAGAUCUUACUGUAGAAAAUGAAUUCAGUUUUGAUCCUGUUUGCGUUGAAUUCACCUUUUUCCCAUCCCCCAUUGAUCAAGGAAAAGAUUACAUAGCAGCAUUUGUAUAGCACUUUUCAGUGCAGGUGGCAAAGUGCUUCACAACUGACAAUAAAAGCAAACAGACAAAGCCAGUUAAAUAUCAGAAAAAUCACAGUGUAAGCUUUUUGUUGAGGUGUGUCUUGGGUGGUUAAAUAAAACAGCAAACUGAUUGAGCAGGUGUUAUCUUAACUGGCAGACUUCUGCAAAGUCUGGGGGCUCUGACAGCUGUGGACCUGUUACCUUUGGCUAUAAGGUCUUGAGCUGCACCUGUGACAGUUUCCCAGUGAACAGAAAAGUUGACCAACUAGCUUCCUUGAGGAAACUCAUAAAAUACCAAAGAAAUCAUAGACCUGUAAACAUCCGGUAAUGGAUCAAAUCAUGUGUACAUUGGCAUGAGAACAUCCUCAUUGAUUUGCAUUGUUAAAAGGCACUCCCAAAAUGACCUUGACAGAAGAACACUGUGUAUCUGUCCCAGUUUAAAGGAAGUGUACACGCUGUUAUAUCUUGACGUUAAGAUGAAUUAUGUUAUGUUCAGGUUUCAGGAUGAAUGCCUCGUCAUGGCCGAUGUUCCUCUUGCGGACCCUGAGUGGGGCAGAGAUGGCUCCUGCCUCUGCUUUUAAAAAGGUAACAACAUGUGAAAGAAGGAGGCAAACACAGAUAUGACUUUUUAUGUACAGAAACAAAGACAUAAGAAUUGAGUAAAAUUAUAUUAUACCAAAAAAUCUGAACAGUUCUCCCAGGUUGAACAAAAAAAAGUGUAACAAUUAAGUAUAUGUAAAAAAACGAUCAGAUCCAUAAACAAAAGGUUUAUCACCAUUUAUCACAGUAUCAAGUGUAUAAGACAGUCUUGGUAUCAAUAUUGAAUAAACUGUGUUCAUUUCAAAGUCCUAGUACUCAGAGACAGUAUUUCCUCCUGAGUGACUAUGUGCACACUAAGCCUUAAACACCUGCUUCAUUUAGCUUUAAUGCUGUUGGUUUAUAGUAAUUAUUUAUGUAUUGUGUAUUUAGGAACCAGCCAGUCCUGCCAAAAACUACUUCCAGCCUGGUAUGAAGCUGGAGGCGGUGGACAGGAAGAACCCCUACCUGAUUUGUCCGGCCACAGUAGGAGAGGUCAGAGGCCAGGAGAUUUUCGUCAUGUUUGACGGCUGGCGAGGCGCCUUUGAUUACUGGUGCCCCUUCGACUCCAGAGACAUCUUUCCUGUCGGCUGGUGUGCUUUGACCAAACACAGCUUACAGCCACCCGGGAACUUCUGUGAGUAUUGCUGUCAUUGUUGUUAACUUCCUGUUUGUUGUGUGAUCUCCAAAUGUUUCUGUCUUCACUGGUGGAAAGAUUUGUAUAGUUGUCACAUUUUCAAUCAAGUUUCUCAGAUGAUAAUGUUGUAGAUCAAAUAACUUGAUGAAUCAAUAUCUACAAAAUGUUGUCUGUAGGCUAACAGCCUAGUUUAGUUUUCUUUUUAUAUAGUUUUUGAAUAUUGGCCCUAUUAGAUGAAAUAGUGAAGAUUUUAUAUAUAAUAGUAAUAAUGAUUUUAAAGAAUUGCAUUGUCUGAAGUCCUCAUGGCAGCACGUGUCCGAUUAGGCUUGAAUCAGUUUGAGUCACAUCCUUGCUUGGGUUGUUCUCAGUCUCAAGUGGCUUUGUUUAAAAGCAUCUGCUUAAUAUAACAGUAAAUUUAUAACAUAAAAUAUGAAAAAAGGCUUGGCUGUGUACUGAGACUGUGGUUCAUAUUAUGGUAGUUAAACACACCGGCUUUGUUAAUUUUCUCUCAACUUUUGGAUUGCCAUUAGCUUCCACAGAGUUGUAGCUAGUAAUCAUGAGAACUCAAAUAAAAAUAUUUAAGUUCCUUGUUUCCAUUGAUCAAAAAAGGUCAGAGAAAACAUAUGUAGUAACAUGACUACACCUGAAACUUCAAAUAAAGGAUAUUGUUGUUGUAAACAGUUUGCAACAAAUAAAAAAAUACACAUGACCCUAAAAAGUUGCAAAACAGUAAUGAUAAAACAUUUGUUUGCAUGUCAGGAUUUAUGGAUGUAGCUUCAUUGACUUUUUAAAAGAAAGAAAAAACAAAUUAAAAGUUGAAAAUCUCCUUACACAAAAACUUAAAUGAAUUUGUUCUUGUUUGGUGAUGCACAGAUAGUCUCAGAUCUUUCUAUGACAUGAUCCAUUAUUCACCACUAGAGGGCAGAAGACUACAAAGUGAGUUGGAUCAGCUGUGAACAGAGUUUCUGUUUGACUGCAAAGAUGAUCUGAAUGAGAAUAACUCAGCUGAACUUUACUGUCAUUCAUCAGCACACAGUGUUUAUUAUGGUGGAGUACAGGUGAAUGAAAUGUCACUUUAGAACAGCUGCACAUUAUCAAAAGUUCAGUGUUAAAUGCAGAUGCAUAUCCAUUACACUUUAUGUGUGUGUUAAUGUAUCUGUGAGGGAGGGGGGUGGUCUUGUGUGUGGUAUAAAUGGGCUGAGGGGUCAUUCUGGGAUGGAAAUGACUGACUGUUAAGAAACAUGUUUGUUGAUUCUUCUGUAUCAUUAAUUCAUUCUUGCACAGAGUCCCCGCUGUGGGUGUCCUAUAUCUGAAAAUCUGUCUGAAAAUGAAUUUUUCUCACCUCUUUUUUCUGCUCCAUGGAACAACUCUGUCUUUGUUUGUGGAGUUGUGACCUGCUGUGACCUCCACAUUGACUCCCCCUUGAGAUUGAGCAGAGAUGCUUGAAUGAAGUUUGUGUUUUGAUAUUUCUCUCAUACAUUAAUGCUUGACUAACUAGUGGGCUCAUUUGAACAUUUUUGUUUCUUUGGGCUGCCAUUGGCUCUGUCUUUUUAAAAGAUGUGACAGAGCAGUUUGCCAUUGAGAGGAAUACAGUCACUUAUAGUACAACAGAGGUACAGACAAAGUUUCGAAUGAUAUAAGAUAACAGAUAUGAUAUAAAGACACGAGUGUGUUGUGUUUGUAUGCUGGUAAACUGGCUUAAAUUAAUAAUGAAUCAUCUUUAUAACAUAAAGAAGCAAAGAAGACUAUAAGCUAUAAUAUUUAUUAUUUCUACUUAGUUAUUCAUAAUGUCUAAAAUCACAGGGUCAGGUGUUUGUGGAGUAGAUGGACUGUGUGCUACUAAGAAGGUCUUUUUAAAGUUUCUGUGGCUGAAAUUUUAACACGGAUUAUUUCAACACAAACAUAUAUCACUGAUCAGUGUAUAUGUUUGUGUUGAAAUAAUCCGUGUUAAGAUUUUUAUACCUGUUUUUUUUGUCUGAAAACACGCCUGUGCUCCAGCUUUUCCGCGGCUGUUCAAAGAUUUUUGAACCACACUGAAACGAAGUGCUCCACGUCUGUCUGCACAAAUUAGAGCCUUGCAUGAUAUUAUUAAUAUGUGAAUGCAGUACAGGGCUAUUAAUUAUCAAUCAGGAUGUAAUUAUACAGUAAUUACACUCGGUGGUUACUGGAGAAUGUCACCAUGUGAUGUGCACUCAUGCUAAAGCUCCAUGCUCGAGGUUUAGCUGUUGAGCUUCUUUGGGGGAUUCUCAGAUAUUUGUCAUCCAUUGCAUUCACUUUGACUAAUGGCUGUGGUACGAGGCUGUUUAUUCUGAAUUUUGAGGAUCUCAGGUGUUAUAAAUAUUAAUCAUUAUGUUUGCUGUUAGUUUACUUUGGCUGAGACUCAAGAGUUUUCUCAUCUUUGCCCUGAUGAAGGUGCCCAGCAGCGAGGAAACAUGUGGCUUUAAACAACGAAGACCAACAGCCUUCUUGAUUAGUGUGUGUGUGUGUGUGUGUGUGUGUGUGUGUGUGUGUGUGUGUGUGUGUUUGGGUUUCCCUUCACUAUUGAUGAAUGACAGCAGUUACAUGUUGGAGCCAUGUUUUCUGUCCUCAGGUUGGGGAGGCAGGCAAGUUCCCGUCCUCAGUCCAACGUUUGUGUAUUGCAGAAACAGAAAGACGUUAAUGUUGCUUCCGAUACAGUCUCAUUAGGAGAUGCAUGGUUAAAAACAGCUUGGAUCAUCUCAAAACAGGUAUGAUAAAAAGGGGUGAACUAGCUUUUUAUAUAAGACCUGUUUAUUUUGGCCCUGAUUUUGUGAGUUAUUAAAUGGGGCACAAUCAGGAUCUACUCGCUGUUGGACCCCCUCUUAAAUAGCCCUUUAAGGAGCUGAGGUUUUGGCAUUAGAUUUGCUGAGUUAUUAGUGUUUUAGAGUGCUGCUUGUUUUGAUGACAAGUUGGAGAAGUAAAAGGUUAUUUUAGGGCUUAGAGAGCAGCCUUACUGACCCCAGUCAGAUCAUUGUCACCAUAGUUGAAGUCUAUUCAGGAAAAAGUUGCUCAUAUUUUGUGGUUAUUUUGCAAAACUGUUCCUGGAUGGAUGUUGAUUAAUUAGCUUUAGUUUAGUUAACUUUUGCUUAGAAUCACUACUCUGUUUUUGCCUAUAUGAUUUGAGUUUUGUUCAGUUAUCCAUCAGUAGUUUUGUUUUUAAACUUUUAUGUUUGAUUUACUUUCAUUAGUUUAGUUUCAUUAGUUUAUUUUAUUUGGUUUUGGUCUUGGUUUCAAAUUUGGGUAAGUUUUAGUUGUUUAGUUUAGUUUGAUUAGUUUAUUUUAGUUAACACGGUUUUAGUUUAGUUUAUUUAAGUUCCAGUAGUUUAGUUUAUUUGUAUUUAGGAAAGUUAAGGCUAAAGGUUUUAAUACUUAAGUAGGAUUAAAUUUCAAUAGUUUGUUAUAGUUCACUUGGUUUAAGUUAAGUACUUUGAUUAGGUUUAAGUCGUUUAGUUUAUUUUGUUUCAAUUUUAUUUAGGUUUAUUGGUUAUAGAUCAGACAAGUUAAUGUUUAUUUAGGUUUGUUUAGGUUAAGUUAAGCUGAUUUAGAUCUGGUUAUGCCAAAUAAAGUUCAGUUUUUUUCUCUUUAAGUCAGGAAAGAUGGGUGUGGUUUGGUUAAAUUAGGUUAGGUUGGUUUAAAUAAGGUUAGUCUAGAGGAUUAGAUCAGGCUACAGGGUUUUGUAUGGUCAAGUUCGCUCUGGUUAGGUUAGUUUGAAUUUAGGCAGUCUGGGUGGUCAGGUUAGGUUGCGCUAGAGGGUUUUGUACGUUCAAGUUUGAUUACAGUAGUUUAGGUGAGGUUAGGUUAAAGAGAUCAGGUUUGGAUAGGAAAUGUGCAGUUAGGGAUCAUUGUGUUAGGAUGGUAUCAGUUAAGAGUACAGAGAUCUUUGGUACCUGGCUGGUGUCUGUCUAUUGAGUUCUGUCAUGUCCAGUCAGAUGAGACAUAUCUGCUGAAUUUCUCCACAUGUUUAACUUUAAACUGUGUGAGACUCAGCCGUUUGACAAUAUUUCUCAGUCAGUCAUGUUUUCUGUUUUAAAAACGAGUGUCAAAGCUGUAUUCAGAAUCUUUUCAUCCACAUCCCACUGAAACUGGACUUUAAGCUUGGUCCAAAGAGAGGCCUGAGCUUUGUCCCCGUCACUGAUCUAUGCCUGUGCGACUGAUGUAUCACAGCAACAUGCUUUGUUUGAAAGUUUUACUUUGGAGAUUAGAAAAGCGAGGAGAAAGGAUCGCGUUAAUAGAGGAGACAACAUUGUUUGUAAAUGGGUAGAUGAAUAAAAACGGGCUUAGUUGAGGUGUUAAUGAGCUCAUAAUUAGCUGUACAUGUGAAAGUAAUGGUGAGACUCUGUAAUUACUGCUAUGUUUAACAUUUCUAAUUAGCUUCAUCAAAAUGAUCGUUUCUGUUUUGACCACACACUUUGUAAUCAGCUACAAAAGAUGCCAAGUUGUGUUGCCUAAUUGUUUUUCUUUGUGUACUUUGAGCAGUAGUUUUUUUGUCCAUAUCUGUGAUAUGUCUUUGUCUUGCCUAGCUGGUAAAUUGGGUCAGAAUGCAGAAAAGGGCUUUGUGAAUAAUGCAUGAGGUAGACCUUAGUAGAUUCAGGCUGAGGCUGGUUGUUUUUGUCUAUUUAAGGCAAAAUAAUUUGACUUGUCCUCCCUUUCUUCUCUAUAUCAGGGUAAAUAUUACUUGCAAGUAGGUUGUAGAAGGUUUGACCAUAUUGGACUUUAAUACUAGUUUGUACGGAAAUUUUUUUGAUGAGUUUAGCUUAGAAAUCUUAUAAGUGAUAUAAAACAUGUGUUUCCUGUCUUGUUUUUUUUUAAUUGGAAAAAUCCCCAUUAUCUGAAAGAUUUACCCGUGUUCACAUCCAAUUCAAUAUGUGAGAUUUUAAAAAUUGAACAACUGGGAUAUUUUUGUCCAGUAAUAUUUAUAUACAACAUUUUAUAUCCUGUUAGUGAACUUUUCCUCUGCCGAUGUGUCACAGAUUUGUGUUUCCUUUCUUCAAUCUGGCCCCUAAACUCUGCUGUCGGUCCAUUCAGACACAGAUUAAGAUGUCUCUGACUGAAGAGACUUUCCCAUGCAGGCUGGCUUCUCCGCUCCACAUUGUUCUGGAGUCAGGGUGAUAUCCGACUGUGUGACUGUUUCCUGGCCCCGCUGGCCCCGGCCAUCUCUCAUCAGUGUAAUGUCUGAGUGGGUUAGAGUUACACUGAGGGGGCAGCACCUCCUCCUCGGCCCUGGGUCUGUUUGUGUUGAGGGAGAGCUUUCUUAUGUGUUCGCCAACUCCAGGAGUUUGUCCUCUUUUCAAUCUGGUCUCUCCUGAUCCGAUUUAACCUUUUCCCCCAAAACACCACUCCUCCCAUCCCCCACCAGCCCUUCUGUUAACCCCUUUCCCCUUUUACCUCCCCCCUCCUUUCGCAGAGGCUCACUGAGAAGCAGGUGACUGAUGUAGACUGUCGAUAUGGCUUACAGAUAACAUGAAUAAAGGGCUCGAAUCCCUCCUCCCUCUCACCCACCACACCCACCCACUCUUCCUUCCCCGAGUUCACCCCUCCCGUGCCCCUAUGCAAAUCUGAACACCCCCCCCCCCCUUCUCCCUCCUCCUGUUCAUUCAUUGGGAGGGAACCUGUGUGGAGGCUUCGACCGGCAGCAGAAUCAGCAAUAGCAGAAAGCGUGGGCUUUGUUGUGGACUACAGCAGGGAGAAGAAGAGAGAGAGAGAGAGAACGGGGAGAAACUCAGAGACAGCAGCUGACAGAGAAAGACGGAAAAAGAGUGACACGCACGGGAGGCGAGUUUUUUAAAUUUUCAGAGAAAGCCGGAGGGAGUGAAAAAACCUUGACAGAGACAGGAAACAAAUCAACAGCCGCUCAAAGAGAGUUCAGAGAGAGAACCAGGAAGCAACUGUACACUGUGACUUGUAUUGUUGCGGACAUCACUACUACAGUUUCUUUGACUGCUGCUCUGGCGCUUUAACUACUACAACAACCACUACUACUGCUACUACUAAGAAAGACCAAACUACAGCCGUCAAGUUCUGCUUUGUGGUUUCCUGGUGAGUUUGAAAUCUUUCUCCAGCCUUUUCUGCGAGAAACAUCAUUUUUAUGGAAGAGAGGAUUGUGCUUCAACAUGUUUUUAUUGUUGUUUGGAGAGUUUAAGAUUUUUGUUCUGUCAGAUUGAGUUUGUUGAAAUUCAGGCACGUAAAAUCUAUUUCUCAUGAGAGUGUCUUUGUUUCUUUUUUUCUUUUUUACAUUGCUGUGCUUAACUAAGACUUCACAUAGAUGUGUUAAACCAACAUGAAUUUAAAUUAUACACAUUUGCAUUCAUUUAUCCCCCAUAUCAGGAAGUUGUAGUUUUUUAGUCAUUAUUCUUUGAUUAACCAGUUUUUCAAUUACUUUAAUUAUUCAAAUUAAUACUCAUAUUUCUUGAUGCUAUUUUUUUUUUGCUAUAAAAUAUUCAAAAAAGAGACAUUGAAAGCAGAAUAUACUUUUUUAAUCAAUGAUACAUGUGCACUCAUAAGUGUAAAGCUUCCUCCUCCUCCUCCUCCUCCUGUGUAAAUGAUUAAAGGCGGCUGUUUCUCACUCUCUUUGUUUAGUACCAGCACUUUUGAAAUGACUUGCAACUUUAAAAGAGACUUGGGACCAUUCAAAUGCAGAAAACUUAACAACACGGCAUGUUUACAUUGUGGUUUUCAUCAUAUAGCUUUUUUUUUGUGUGUGUAAAGCAUCAGGAAUUGGUUUGCAAAAUGUUUAGGGAAGGAUUAGUGGGUCUCAAACAUUGUUAACUCUGAUUUUACACAUCAGCAUAGAUAUUUUUCAGACCUAGAUGUCUGUGUAUAGUUUGAAGUUGAUUAUACACACAAGACUCACAAAGAAGUGAUUGUCCGUGUUUGAAUGUGCGGGGUUGUGCAGACACACAUUGUUACAUUUAUACUUUGUGCCUCAAGGCUGUUUUAGUUACUUCCCCUUUUUGCACUCUCUCUCUCUCUCUCUCUCUCUCUCUCUCUCUCUCUCUCUCUCUCUCUCUCUCCUUCUCUUUCUCUCUCUCACACACACACACCUGAAGCUGCAGUUCAUGAGUUUCACACUGGUUCAGAUUCACUCAGCAGAGCAGCCCAUGUGUUUGUGAAUGUGUGUGUUUGAUUGGUCUGUUUGCUGUAAGAGCGCUCGGCAUGUCAGAGGGGAGGGGUGGUUGGGGGUUGUUGUAAUUAGAUGAGGAGCUACUCUGUGGAGCCCCUCCCCAUCCCCCCAGACAGCAGACACACUUAGCAGCAGCCCCGUUCUCAUGCGUGCAUGUACACCCACACACUCUCAUGUUCUCCCACAUGCACAUGUUUCCUGGGGCUGUGGCUCACACAGGUCAGCGGGUCGACGUGGAAUUAUAUAGUCAUGAUCAGAAACAUAUGUCUGUGUUUAAAUGCAGGGGAUGCAUGCUCAGGUUUGACUCUUUAAAAUACAGAUUUGCAGGAUAUUUAACUCUUUUGUGCUCUUGUGAUUUUUAACUCCUUAAUGAAAAAUGUGUCUCAGCAUGAUUCAUGUCAUUUUACAAACCUGGCUGCUGCAUCAGAGACUUUUGAAAGCACUCUGACUACAUUUACAUUUACUGGCAACCAUUGUGUGAAAUUGAUUUGCAUGCAGUGCAAUAAUAGAUAAAAGUAUUGGCUGUAACCAACAGAAACAAAAAUGAGAUACUUUUUACUGCUCAAUGGCUGAAUCAUUCGAAAUCCUAUUUGAAUGAUUUUCAUCACCCUAUUGUUUCAGCCUUCUCCAAACAAAACAAACAUCAUCUGCAGCUUAAUGUCUGAAUGUGAUGAGGUUGUUUAGGCCCCUACAUGAUUUUGAGCUAUUGUCCAUUUUUUUCUACGCCAAUUCUGAAAAAGGUCAUAUGAUGCGUAAAAUUUCCAUUAAAAACACAAUUUAAUAGUUUGCAAAUUAUUCAAACCCUUUUUUAGUUGAAAAUAGAUUCAGUAUUGAAAUGGAACGCAGAUUUAUGAAAACUAUAGCUGGGAUGCUAGCAAAACAUUUCAAGGUUGGGACAGUAUUGCUGAGAAAUUACGUCACACUAUAACAAAUUGAAAAGAGUUUCACCACUCUGUUUAGUGGUUCAACAUUUCCAGGAAGCUCCUCUGUGUACUAGUGCAAAGAGUUUGGAAACUUUAUCAUUGGCAGUUCAUGAUAUCAGUAAUGGGCUGAGAAAAUCUGGAGAAAUUGCUUUCCAAAAGGGAAAAAGCCCCCAAACUUACUUGAUAGAUAUGAUCUCAGGUGGUAUAGCAGUAAGAACAGCUAUGACUCUGUAGUGGAAAUCACUGCAUGGGCUCAAAAUCACUUCCAAAAACUGUUGACAGUAAACACAGUUAGUCACUGCAUCCACAAAUGCAGGUUACAACUGUAACAAGUGAAAAGGAAACCAUGUUAAAGCAUGGUCCAGAGGAUUAUUUUGACCAAACUGUGCUGUUGUCUGUGAAAAGUUCAAAAGUCUACCUCUGUGAAGGUAUGGGUAUGCAUAAACCUGCAUGUUAUGGGAAGCUUACUCAUCUGAGAAGACACUUUUAAAGUUUAACAAUAGUUAAAGGUCACAGAGCAACAUAAGCUGACACCCAAACUUUGAUUUUUCCAGAUAUGAUUUAAUAUUUUGGCAAGACAGUGUCUAACCAUGUUCUGCAACUUUAUAACAGCAUGGCUUGUCAAGGAGUUUGGGUGCAAAACUGGACUAUUCAUGAUCCCAAUUUGUCACCCCUUGAAAGCAUGAGGUGCUCUAAAAACACAAGAAAGAAGAUCCUGAACUGUUGAGCACCUAGAAUCCCACAUUAAAUGAGAGUGGGACAACAGAGAGUGGGACAACAUUUCAAACAACUGGUCUUGUAAUAAAGUGGUAAAUGUACCCCUGUCCCAACUUUUUUUAAAUGCUGCAGGCAUCAAAUCAACAUUAAUAUCAUAACCCUAACCCUCUAAAUACCAGGUAGUUUUGUCCACUUUUACAUCUCACAGCUGCUUCUUCUCACAUCUUUGUAACCAAACACUGAACUGUAAUGAAAGUUUCUUUGUAUUUGAACUUUUUUAGGCUUUACAGGUUCAAAUGAAACACAGGUUUUAGUGUUUUAUUUAUUACGAAUAUUACAUGAAUUCUAUGUAGAGCUUGAAUUACAGACAGAACGCAGACAAUACUGCCUCAGUGCAGAGAAAAUGCAGACAUGAGCAGAUUUUCUUUCAAAGUCGUAAGAAGCACAGACCUGAUAAGUUAUUUUGCACAUGCAUUUGAGGAUAAGCUAAUAUUUGAUAGUUGGUGACAUUAAUCACCAGUUCAGAAACAGUAGCUUACAUGUUGCUGUAACAGCUGUCACGACACGAAUGGAUUAGCCUUUUUUUUCUGCAACCAUCAGAGAUCAGAGAAGGCCCCCGACUCCGUUUUCCCAUGGUGAAUUAAAACCUGCUGAUUCUGACUGGUACCCUGCAAACUAAAAAUGAUCGGCCUUUGUGGGGCUUAUGGUUUCCUGCUCUGCAUGAAUAAGUGUGCCACUGUGUGUGAAGGUUGGUAUCGCUGUUCCUCUGCGAGCACACUGUGUGCGACCGUUCACCCUUUGAAACAAAACCCUGCUCUGUAGUACGCCCACUCUCACUCAUUUCCCAAUUAACAGCUUUCAGGGUGCCCCGGCUGACCCCAAGAGGAUACUGUAAACCUUCCAUAGUGUCUCCAUAUUGCCUCAGUCGAGGGGGCUCUAUUGAAAGCCCCGGCCCCUUGAGAGACACCACAUCUACUUUCGCUGAGCAUUAUGUUUGUAUUGAACCAGGAGAUGCUUAUCUUUCUCUCUUCCUCUUUUUCUUUGUUUCGCUCAGACUCAUCUUGGUUUUCUCUUACUUGCAGUGAUAACUGUGUAUCACAGGGUCAGGCUCAGUCACGUUUACUGCGAAUAAAGUUCAGAAGAGUCAUUGGUGCUUCUUUUGUAUUCUUCAUUUCCUGGGAAUAGUUACUAUGGCUUCCCCUUCUCUUCAAACUUUAUUUUUUAACUUGGAAUAAAAUUUCUUUCCCUGAGUGAAAGGUGUAAUUUAGAGAGAGUAUAGGAGCCUCUGAGUGUCUGCGGAUACUGGACUCAAAAAUCCGUGUACUGAGCAUGAGGUGUAAACUGUCUGACUGAUGUAAUAAUGCUGCUUUCAGAAAUAAUGAUAUUUGAUAGUUGUCAUGCCAGAAAGGUUGUUGUCGACAGCAACAGCAGAAACAUCUUGACUGGAUAUUAAACUCAUUUUAGGUUCAGAUUCAUAAAAUAUCAGGCUCAGUUUAAUGAUGGCAUUUAUUUAAUACACUGAAAUAUGUUUUUUUUUAUUAAACUUAAUGGAAUGGCCAGUUUGUUUUUUCUGAUACAAAAUCAGUCUUGUUACUAUAGAGUGUAAUGGUGUCUGUACAUAAAUCUCCAGAUGUGUUGAUGAAAUAAUGUUAUAAUGAAACACUUUCCGUUGCAUAAAUCGUGGAUAUCUAAAUGAGACGUUAAGAUUUACCUCACUGUAUGUUCUGCCGUAGUUUAGAGUAUUUAAUCUUAGUUUUGAAUUUAAAUAAACAGGCUGCAAUUUUAUCUGCUUGUGUGUCCUACACCUAUUUAAAUCUAUUUGAUCAUAUUAUUGAUAUUUUUAUUUCAUUCAGUUCUUAAAUAAAGAUGAACCUAUGCCGUUACUGUUUUUUCCAGCCAGUGCUCGUUGGUGAUGAUGAUGUUUAUCUUUCAGCAUCAGCCUCUUGAAUCAAAUGCCUAAUUCAUGUAUUUAAAAGAGGCAAAAUCUUAUCACCAGAAUAACCAUUUUUGUGCUGAUUGAGUCUGAAGGAAUCGUCUAGCAGGCAGAUCUCCAGGGACUUCAGACUUUUGACCGAUUUUUUUUCUGAGGGAGGGGCUUCGUACAAAGGACCUGCCAAUCUCAGAGGACCCCAAAAAAUCAAAACAAAUCUCGUCUGCUGGGCGACUCAGUGAUUCCUUUAUUCCUCUCUUCCAGUUGUCAGUCAUUCCUAAUUUCUGCUUCAUGUCUUUGAAUAUUCAUGGCAACAUUGAUCCUCUGCAAAUGAGCAAUCCUCGUUUUUGUGAUAUUUACUUUAAAAUGUGCAAAUGCAACAUUAUCAACCUCUUCCUGUCUCAAAUGAACUGCUCUCUGCUCAUUGAAAAAAAAGAAUAAGCAUACAUUUUUUAUCUCCCCCGUUUCUCUUUGUCUCUCUUUCCCCUCAGUUACUCUCCCAAGUGCGCUCCUUGCUCCCAUAUCCUCCACCUCCUCCUCCCUCACCAUACGUCGCUCCUCGUCCAACUCUUCCUCAUCCAUGCAGACCUCAUACAGACUGCCCAACCCCUUACCACCCCUCCCUGUGCGCAAGGGUGUCCGAGGUCGUCGUCCCAAAUCCCAGACCAUAGCUUUGUUAAAGGCUGCAGCAGAGGCGGCAGCGGCAGCAGCAGUUAAUGGAGCAUCACAGAGUCCUGCCAGGACCGGCUCUGAGGCUCCACUGGUCCCAAGACCACACAAGAAGAGAGGACCCAAGCCCAAGAGCAAGGUGAGAUGUCACAGGAGCUGUAAUCUGUUAUGCUGUGCUCCAGUGACCCUGGCAUUUUUUUGUUGUAUGUAUCUUUGCAGAAAAGUUUUAGGUAAAGAGGAUUCAAGGUCAGAGGGCGAAGGUUUAGAGGAGGCAGAAAGUUUUGGUUGGUGUUGAUUCAGAGCUUUGGUUUAGAAGCUGGACUUUCUGUUCCUGUGAAGCAGUAAAUGAAUGAAAAUGAAGCUUUUAAAGAAUCAUUAACCAACAGCCUUUAUAGGUAACAGAGAGUUAAUGAGAAAGGGUCUGUUUGUUUUCUGAUCCAGAAGAAGCCUCGAGUGGGGCAAUCCCUGGGGACACCAUCAGUUACAGCGCCGCCUCCAGAGACUAGACUGAGCUCCAGCCACGUCUCGGCAGACAGCAACCACAGCAACGGAGCAAAUGUAGUUUGCACAGGUGGAUUACAUACUGAGUCUAAAACCUGCAUGUGGAGACCUGUCUGUAUGUUCAGUCUCUCUUUUUAACUUUACUAAUGUUGACCCUCUCUUUGUGUCACUCUAGUGUGUGUUUAUGUGAACAAACACGGAAACUAUGGCCCACAUCUGGAUAGAAAACUGGUGCAGCAGCUCCCGGACCACUUUGGUCCUGCUCCAGUAAACGCAGUACUUCAGCAGGCUGUUCAGGCCUGUGUGGACUGUACAUACCAGCCCUCUGUGCUGCUGUCCUUCCUGCAGAGUCAGUCCCACACCGGAGGAGAGGUCAUCAGAGGUAAAAAAAAACACAACAGGAUAUUCACCCAGAAGGAACAUGUAAAGGAUAAACAAAUUGAUGUCAUAAAAAUACACUUCUUGCUCAAUUAUUUGACAUUUGGAUGUAGCCUAGCUCGCACUCUUCCCAUGUUUGCAGGCGUAAUGCCAUGGUAAGGUCUCUAUGGUCAGCUUCAGCUUAAUAUAUAUGCAUUUAAGACAUGACCGUCCUUCUCCUCUCCAGACUCAAACAUAUUAAACAAUGCCUGUAAUAUGGGCUUCCUAGAAGCAGUGCUUGAUAAAUGUUUAAUGUAUGUCUGAAGCCAUGAGGAUUGGAUAAGCAGUCAGGUAAAAGCACACAUGCACAGCUCAUGGUUUUGUGUGUCUCUGCAUGUGUGUGUGUGUGUGCGUUUGUGUGUGUAGGAAAGAGGAGAUGAGGAAUAAAAGACAGUGCCUGUGGCAGCAGCUGAUGUGAGCACUGCGUCUGUAAUCAGAAAUGACAUGUGCGUCUAACCUGGUUUGGGAUGCUGGGAUCGGGUCUCCCUCAGGGGGCCGGAUUGGGAAAGCUAUGGUUAUGUAUGGGGAGAGAAGGGGGGGUGUAAUUUGUGGAUUUGUGCAGGCUUGGCUUGGGUGGGAGGGUGUUGUGCGGUGUGGGUAAAAAAUGCGGGUUGGUGCUUAAAAGGGAGGGUGCUAACCCAAAACCAUCUGCUGCUUUUCUUUAGCUGUGAAUGUACGCAGCUUGUGUGUUUGUGUGUGUUUGUGUCUUUAAGCAAAUAAAAAGCUGUUUGUGCUGUGUGCCCCCUCUCUCCCUCUGCCUUUCCAGUACGGUCCGAGCAUGGUAUCCGUUAUGUGAAGCUGCCCUCAGUCUCCAGUACAUCCUCUGUGCUGCGGUUUCUGGAGAAUAUGUGCCAGCAUCUGGAGAGCGACAGUCUCUUCAGCUCGCAGCCGUUCAGCCCUUUCGCCAACAACACGCGCUUCUACAACAGGACCAAGUCAGGUGGGCAAGAGUGAAUGAAGCAACUAAAACAACAGAAGUGGUAGAUAGGUAGCCAGUGACUCAUUUCAGAUAAUAAAAGCAGCUUGCGAUGAUGAAAAUAAGACACAUUAUUGUCCUGUUUUUAAUUAAUCUUCAAACAUAACACCGACAGAACCACUAACCCACACUGAGAACGGCCUGUCCAAAGAUGACUCUAAAAAGGACCCUGCCCCCAGCACCCGCUCCCUUCACAGCCCGUCCGACUUCAGAGCAACAAAGAAGGAACGGCCUUAUUACUCUGGACAGACACACACACCGCCGCCCCUAAGACGUGUCAGCUCCAACCCGACUGAAGCCGGGCCGAUGUGUGCUCACAGACGAGUAGAAGGUAAGAAAAAACAGCAGUCACAGAGGCGGAGUGAUAUCAUUGUGAGGGAACAGUAUCUAGUGAGGUAUCUAAGCAUUAUGCAAUUGCAUAUCAUCACUAAUAAAUGAAGUAGCAGUACUUGUACACUGCUCACUAACCCUGACUUCUGUUGUGACUGCUGUCAAGAUUUAUGACACAGUAGAUGUGCUGCUCAGGAGUCUAAAACUAGACUCAAACAACUCUACUCAUCCAAGUUCGCAGUGACUGUUACUGUUCAUUCAUUCUCACAUCAUCACUGAUAAUGACUACAGAUAUAACAGUUUGAAACUCUGUGUGAAUUGUAGGUAACAGGCCUUGGUUUUCAGACAGCUCAGACAAAACGCCUGUUUAUCUCUCUGAGCUUUUGAAGCUUAGGUUAGCUUCAUGUUUGCUUCAUUGAUUGCUACAAACAAGAUACUGUGUUCAAAAUUAGCCUGUAAAAUGGUAGAUUCUCCUCCAGCAGGCGAUCUGAAGAAACAGAAAUGUCUGAUUGAUCUUUUACAAAGGACCAAUUAGCUUAUUUUUUUCCACAUUUUUCAAGAUUUCCCAUGUCAAUGUGGUUUUAAGGACAAAUGUUGAUUUUUAACACUGAAACACUCAUGAGUAAAAUCAGAAGCAGAUGGGAUAUAAUUCGAUGAAUGUGUGAGUCUGAUUUGUUGGUUUCACACCUUCACAGCAGCAAGUUCAACAACAGGCCCAGAGCAUGUGAAGCAGGACAAGGAAAGCUCAGGGAGUGACGCCUCUUCCUGGUCAGUCGAUGAAGUCAUACGGUUUGUCCAGGAGGCUGAUCCUCACACUCUUGGCCCGCACGUCGACCUGUUUAGGAAACAUGUGAGUGCUUUGGUGUUUUCUGACAACUUUAAUUUCUACCUUUUGUACUUAGUCACUCUGUCAUCUGGUUAAGUAAUUUCUCUCUGAGCUCUGAAUGUUCAUACUCAGGAUCCAUCAGUUCUCCUCAAUCAAGUCCUUAUGUUUGAAUUGUUCAGAGACAAACUCUGUGAACUGCAUCCUCCCCCUGCUAACUGCUCGCUCCACUCUUCACAGGAGAUUGACGGCAAAGCGCUGAUGUUGCUGCGCAGUGACGUCAUCAUGAAGUACAUGGGGCUGAAGCUGGGCCCCGCACUCAAACUCUGCCAUCACAUCGAAAAGCUGAAACAGACCAAACAGUAGAGAAAGACGUCUCUCUUCUCACAGGCAGACGAACUAUCAGACAGACAGAUAUCGCUCCACAGGGAUGGAGUGCAGAGCAAAUCCAGCUAAACAAAGAGUGAAGGUCAAGUCUUCCUUUUUAUGGUGAAUUUUAGGGUUUUAAUAACCAGCAGGGAGUUUACAAUAGAAACACAAACAUGUAACUGACAACAAAGUUUUCUUAAAUUAAAGUGGCAUUAAUCAAACAUCCCAUACAAAUCCAACAUCCAGUUAGUUUUUUUUGUUGAUUAGAAACAACUUUUCCAAGCACACAUUUACAGCACACAUACAUUCAUUUAAUACACAAAGGAACUUAUAUAGCUGAAGUUCAUUGAUUAAAUUCAGUAUACAGAAUUCUUACUCUUGUUUGCUUCCUUAAGCAUCAGAUCGAUUGAUUUGGACAUAAACUUUCAGAAGAUUACAUUUCCAGGUUACACAUUUUGUGUUGCCACAAAUGGGGAAAAAGUGAAGAGAUAUCUUUUUAGGAAAGGGUCACACUAGCAGUCCUGUGGCUACGCACUGUGGACUGUAACCAUGUAGAUGAAAUGUAACAUCACACUUAUAUAAAUACACUCUUGAUGAUAGAAUGACUUUCCUGCCUGCUUCGGUUUUGUCAUUGCCAACAAAGGGCAAAAUAAAGUCGAUAAAGUGCUUGUGCCAGUUCCACAAAAGUUGAGACAAAAUACAAAUGAAUGUGGCAAUAACAAGUGAAUUAACUGUUUUUUCAAUGGAAGGUGGUGGAAAUAGGGAAUUUGAGUGUCAGGAUGAACAAAUGGCGGAUAUAAUUUGUCAACCUUAUGUAGCUAACCUUUAUCUUUUGCCUUUUACACACCGGCAUGAAUGCUGCCUUCCAGCUUUUUUAUUUUUCACUCAUCAUAAUUUCCGGAUGUGCUCAGAUAGAGGAAGUUUGUUCAGGUACUGUCAGUGAACAUCUCACUGCUUCAUUUCUAACAAUGCAAUAAGGUUUCUGAAUGCAGAAAGUGAUUUUUUUUUCAUGUAGGCUGGGGAUCAAUAGUCAUAAGCAGUAUAUUACAAACAGGUACUUCGGUUAUGUGCAUAAGAAGUGUUUAAGAUUUGUAUUAAAUUAUUGGAGGUUAAAUAGUUACUUUCCACAAUAACCUCAGUUUUAAAGCACUGCAUUAUUUUUCAAAAACAUUUUCAAACUAGAUUUGAUGGAAGUAACACAAUUUUCCUUUUUUUUAUUUUGGGAGGACCCAUUCAUCUGUUUCUAUUGUCAGGCUGUACAUGUGACUCUUGUGACAGUGACUCUUAAUUUGAGCGCUAGAGGGAAUUCCGACUUACAAUAGAGUCUCAGUACGACCCCUGAUAUAAUGUCUUUGUAUAUUUUGAUUUGACACACUCAUAAUGACUGCAAUACUGAAAAUGUCUACGUUAAAGUAAAGACAAGGCCAUCUGUGUCUAUCUGGGUCAAAUAUACAAUGCUGUAUAGAACAAUAAGGAGCUCCUGAGUGAGUGUAUGAUGGACAAACUGUUAUGUAAAAAGUGAAGCCAAAAGGCUGUUUCUGAACAAAGUGUAUCAACUUGUUUGAAGUGUAAUCAAAGUUUUUUUCUGCCUGAAAUAGUAUUUGCGUGCACCAUCAUUUAAUCACCUACUGGGAGACGUUGUGUCUGAGUAAAUAUUCACGUCCUAAAGUAUUUAUCAGUUUUUGGUGGCAGAAAUUCAAAAUUUUCUGAACAUUUCAGAAUCAUUUUUAAGCCAAAUCAUGUGUGUUGUAGCUGCAUUUCACUCUGUUGCUCUCCUGUAGUGAUAACAAGUGGAUACUUGAAACUGUCUUGCUUUACUGUGAAACUCAGGUUUUAGUAGGGGUUGUUUUUCUAGAGGAUGUUUUUCAUCAUUAGAACUGUGUUUUCAUCAAUACAACAUAGAGGGACUGCACAAUAACCAACUAUGUAUAUUUUUUAAUGCCUUGUGAUCUAUUGCUUGCAGCAUCUCGUGUGUAUAUAUAUGCAGUUUUUUACUGUAAGUUCAACAAAAAUGUUUGUUAAAUAUGUUUGAUAUGCAUUCACACUAUUAAACAUUUCUGUACAUCACUUACAUGAGUGGGACAAGUCAUAUGAGAUCAGUCUUUUUCCAGCCUUUUUGAACCAUGACCCCUUUUUUUGUUAUCAGUAUGACUUAUGACUGAGUCAGAUUUGACAGUUUCACAUUUCCUGUUUUAUUUUAGACUCUAGGAAAAGAAAGAGGAUUCAUUAAUUCAUAAAAACGUUCCCAAGAAGUCAGAAAAAAAGUAAAUAAUAUUGCUUUGUACAGAAGUAACACAUUUUUUUCUGCUCCUGUUUCCCUUAUUUUAUUAGUGAUUUGUUCAGGGAUUCAGCCUUCCAGUUUAAAAACACCUGGCCCAGCGAGUCCAGCUGUUUCCUAAUGAUCACAUCUAAAACUGGAGAUAAAGUGAAAAUUCAACUACAAUGCCUGGAGAAAAGGGCACUCCAGGGUAUUAUUGCGUUUUAUUUUUGUGGUCUUUUGAGAAGUUUUUUUUUUUUGUGUGUGUGUCUGCUUGUUUCUGUAGGGGGAGUAUGGGGGAUGGGAGUCAAAGGAUUGUGGAUGUCUUAUUUAAAGGAAGUGACAGUCCCAAAGGAGUCAUUGUUCAAAAGAUCAGCCAGUUCAAAUAGCUCUCUGGCACUACUCAAGAUGAACCAGCUAAUUAUGACUCACUCUGUAGAUUCUUUCAGGAUCAAAUAUGUUGCUUUCUGGACGUGAAGCUGGACCCUUACCAUGCUGCAAAAGAAGCUUUAUCAGUCCAGCGUAAGCAUAUCAACUUUAUGUCGUAAACAACAAACAGCUAUACAUGAUUUUGAGAUCAGCUCCCUCCUGUGUGGUAUAGAGGCAGUGCUUAGUAAGAAGACCCCUGCUUUAAGAGAAAUUACCACCAUCAAACUUGUAUAAGUGUUGAAAAGUUUUGUUGCUGCAGCUAAAAUUGGGCAUUUCAGAUUAGAAUUACUUUAUAUAGUCUAUCUCUAUGUCAGCUGUGAAUAUCUAGAUGAUGAUUUCUGUUAGCCAUCUAUGAAAAUUUUCAUUUAAUGAUUGUUAAUUUAACUCUGCAGAGGAAGUCACUGUAUUUGUCUAGUUUUAGCAAAGAAUUAUGAGCCUCACAGUGAUGUACAGAAAAAAUAAGUCUUUAAAAUUUCUGUCACAAAUUUGACCACAAGUAUAUGAUGUAAAACAGCUGAAAAAAAUCCUCCUAGGAACUCAUGUUACUAGUUGACGUCACAGUCGAGCAAUUUACGAAGUUGCACCUGGAAGUUUAGCCCGCCGUGCAGACCGCUAACGUGAUGUUUCCUGUUUCCGACGGUCACUCAAAUGUAAAGUUAGUUUAAAAGUCUGGUCAACAUCCACAAAAACAGAGAGUGAAACCACAAAUAGUCUACCUUAAAACAACUUUUACAACGUAAACACGAGUUAGCUACAGAGCUGUAUUUACUAGCCGGUGUGCACGAGAAUUGGAGAAUUGGGACACUCAUUACUAGUUUUCGGUCUUGUUUAAUAAAUUAUUAAUGUAAAACUGAUGAUUAACGUUGUUAAUUAACUUUGAAAACCAGAUUUCUAAAAAAUAUUCAGUAACAUAUUCUACUCAACGUUAACUCAGGUGACUGUAUUAGCAGCUUUGUGGUAAAUUGUCUAUUAAAAGUAGCCUAUUUAAACUUAAUUCGUCUAAAAGAGACAACAAGACUGAUACUAAAAGUAAGAAUCCGAAAUGCUCACACAAAUAGUUGAAACGACAUUUAUUUUUAGGUUUAAGAAAGAACAAGUCUGUCCACAAAUGUACGGAAGCCUUUUAGCGCCCAAAACUCAAAUUGCGGGCCAGGAGCCUAUUACGGCACGUAAUGUACUGUUUUGCGUUGUUAGCGAAACAUGUAAAACUUGGGAAAAGACCGUAAAGUGAUUAUGGGCUUCAUCUACGCAAGGCGCCCCAGCAGGCUACAGACAAGACCGGGUCUUUCCUUCCCCAGGUUUGAUCAACAGUGGUGACCCAGGUAAGCAUUUAAACUAAUGUAGUUGCUUUUUUAAGUGUCACGAAAGUCACUUUGAGUUGCUUCUUUGAUAAAGGUCAGAUUUCACUCACUGAAAUUGCAAAUGUUUUGGCAGAAAAUUUCCAAACAAAAAGAAAACUGCUUGACUUACCUUACAGUGCAGGCAGCAGCAGCAUAGCAUGGCAUGUUGUAGUGUGGUCUAUCAAAGACCAGCCUAUUGUUAUAUUUUUUAGUUGACUUGAAAACACUCUAGGAGAUUUGAUCCACAAUAAAGGGAAAACCAGAAUCUAAUUGUAAGGGACUCUCAUCGACACACUUUCCUGUUCUUUUUUGCUUAUUUAUUUCAAUUUUUAAACUAUAAGAUUUGAGAUAAGAUAAAUUGUGUGUUUCAUAAUUCACAAUUUUUAACCAAGACACUGGACUUUGAUUCAGCAUCACCCUAGAGGAGGCCUCAAUAAUGCUACUGGGUCCUGGAGUGCUGAGGGGGCUUAAAUAGACUUGCUGUUACAAAUGUUAAAGACUGAGGAAGAAAUGAGGGCUUUUACAGAGGCCAGCCAAUGCAGAGAUGCUUGUUAGGUGUACAUCAUGUGAAGCUUCGAUGAAGCCGUCAGAGAAACACUAUAAAGCCUGAAAAACGAGCGUGAUUUCCCCUCUUUAAAUUAAUUGAGACUGAGUUAUCAACUGGGAAUUACUUUAGUACGAGUCUGCUCACAGAUAUUUAAAAAGAUCUUCAUCAGAAAUAUGUGAAUCUAAAGGCAAAUGACAUGACUUGUAUGUGUGGGUUUACAAAUAGUUCUGCUUUCCAUUUGUAGCCUGAGAAUUUUCCUCUUUGCAUUUCAGCUGGUGUUUUCUGGAGUCAAGAAAUGGCGGUCCAUGUGGAGAGCAUAGAGGCUAAAAAACAUUGGCAGAAAUAAAACCCCAGGAAGCCCUGGCUGAAGUUCUUCCUCCGAGAAGUCACUCCUAAAGGUUUUUGUGAUCGGACAACGGCUGAUGGGUCCCAAGGUUACAAAUCACCCCCAAGAUCCCCAAUUACAAGGUAAAUUACACAUCCCAGCAACACACAUGGCAGCUGCAGUUUUUGUACACUCAACUGAGAUAACUCCUCUCUUCACUGCUGUGCUAAUAGAUUUUAUUGCUUGUGCUGCUAUGUAAGAUUAAAACUGGACAAAACUGAAGAUUUGGAGGCUUUGCUUCCAUCUAAUAAGGGCCAAGUCCAAUCCCUUAUUAAUUCUGGCUUGACUCAAGCCUGCUUCGCUAACCUAAGCCAUUAUUGUCUAUCCCCCUCCCACUUUUUUCACACUGAUUGCUUUAUUGUUGUCUAACUUCUUUUCAAUCUGGAUUUGAUUUUGAUUCAUACUGCAUCCUGGAGAAAGAAUUUUACUAGUUGAUUCAGAGGAAUCAGAUGGUCAUUAAGAUUUAAGCAAAACAACAUAAACGCUGCCAUCUUGUGGGGAAAUUCUGUCAAUGCACGUGGUUUCUAAUUAGAAAAAAAUAAUUAAAUGUCACACAAAAGGCUUUCCGUUUGAACGCAAUCACAUUUAUUGGCUUUUUUCUAUGCACAGUUACUAAGCAGCCUGAUGAGCUGUUCAAAUGAAUUGGAUAUAGAAUAAUGGAUUUUUCACAAUGUUGUAACCCCUCCCAAAAAUAAAUACAAGACUGAAGGUGUUGCACGGCUCCAAAAUAUACAAAGGCUUGGAAAUAAUCAUGUAAACUUUGAAAAAAAAACUUUUUCCUUUUUUUAUGAUUUUAUUGGUUUAUUUUACAAAAGAAAGAAUUUGAAACAUUUUUUAUUUAAAAACAUAUUUACAGGUUUAUACAAAAAUACAAAAGUGAUUCAAAUCUGUUAAGUCUUAGCUAGUUUUUAACAUGGAGCCUCUUUUAAAUAGACAAUUACACUAUUUCUUCAGCAUUUGUAUUUUUCUGUUUUCUGUCACUAAUUGAAAGCCUGUUUUGUGAUCUUCCAUACUGUACACCGUAACGAAAAAUGUUUCAGUGGUUAAUGUCACACUUCCCUUCAGGUCAAAUGCAGUCAGACCUUUGAAAACAGUUUGGAACAGAGAAUCAAAAAAGGUUAUAGAUUCAUCUUUUGUUGAGUUUUCCAGGCUGGUGAGGAUUGAGGUUUGAGACAUAGAAACAAGUGCUUCACUAGAGACUGCAUGGCAACCUUACUGUUCAAAUUUUGUCCAUCCCCUGCUUUUACAAAUAAGGGAAACAGUCUUAGAGUGGAUGAAGAGCACUAAUGCCAGGUACAGUACGGAAAAAUCACAGUAAACAAUACUUUUUGCCAUUAAAGCAGUUGAGUGGUUUGUCAGAUACUUUGCUGUAAGUAGUCGUAAGUAGUAUUGUUAGCAAAUUUGGGUAUUUUGUGAUCCAGUAAUAAUGUUAUGUGGAAUCCAAAAAUUUCUGAAUGAGUCAAAAUUAAAAACAACGACUUUAAGAGUCUGUAAGUGGACAUUUAACCAAUUUCUGUGACUUUUUUUUAAUCUGUAUGAACCAAAACGGCUUGUCCAGAUGUGCAUUUUUAACUGAAUCAGCAGUUUCUCCUGCAAAAUAUUUCUCUCACUUCCAUAGCUCCAGCAUGACUAGGACUCAGCACCAAGAGUGUUCAGAUUCUCCAUCCCAACAUUUUUUUUAAAAAUCAUUUUCUUUACAGUCUCUUAUACCUAUGAUUGUCCAGUGAGUAGAUAUACAGUACAAGAUAAACCCCUGUUUGUGAUCACGACUAUACAGAACAGAAUUAGCCAGACAGUUUGUACAUCUAUAGAACACACUAUUGAACUUGACAUUGGAACAGAAAAUACAAAAUCUUUUCGCGUGGUAUGGAGACAUCCCUCAGAUAAAAAUAAUGAUGUGGUGGUGUUCUUUUCUUUUCUUCUUCCUUUUUUCUUUACUUAUUGCAUGCGAUAAAAACACAACAAAUAAAACAAUGAACAGGAACAAGUGCGCUUUAGCAAUAUGGGUUUGACGAAUGUUAAAUUCUGAUAAUCAUUUCACAGCUUUUUACUCUCCCCUUCUCACACAGUGUCAGUUCUGCAAAUCUGAUUCGCUGAGUAUUAAAAAAUUGUGGUUUUGUUAUCUAUCUAUCUAUCUAUCUAUCUAUCUAUCUAUCUAUCUAUCUAUCUAUCUAUCUAUCAAUCUAUCAAUCUAUCUAUCUAUCUGUCUAUUUAUCUAUCUAUCCGUAGCAUUUACAAUAAAACAGUAAUAUGCUUGCUGAGGUAUUCACAGAAUACAGUGAAUGGUUUCUACUGAAGUACGGUCUCCAUAUGCAAGAAGUAUUCGUGUUGUGUUGUGUUUGCUGUGGUAGGCAGGUGAGAGUUCAAACUGUCCACUGAUGACACUUCACUGCUGUAAAAAACCGGAUACUUAACAUGCGUAGAUUUUUUUUUGGAAGGAUGAGAAGGCUUUACAUCAUAGUUAACACAGAUGAGAGAUAGAAAAGGCUGCAGCGAUGCAUUGGAUGCAUGGUUGACUCUCCUCCUUCCUCUGUUUCCCCUUUUCCUCCAUUCGUCUUUCUUUGCAGUAUUAAGUUUGGAGGGUAAGACAGAAUGGCGUACACCAGCCACUGGGUUGAGCUUUCACCUGUCUAAUGCUACUACUGGGUCAGUGCAAAUGAAGGAGAGGCAACGAGGAGAGGAGAACAGUGUACAUGGUUAAGAGUCAUGUGUAAUGUUGCCAGUGAGACCUGUUCUUCUUUGCUACACUCAGGUUUAUUCCCUAUAAAAUUUCUGCUUGUUGUUCUAUAUAGAUAUGACUUUUUAUAUUCAGUACAAAUAUACAUAUGCAAUUUCAUUAUAAGAUAUAUUUUGUUUCAAGAAAAACUCUUGAAAAAUCAUCAAGUGCAAAAACGAGGUUGGCUCUUGGAAAUCUUUCCAAAAUAACCUCUAGUCAAACCGAUUGAGGACCCUCUAAAGCAUUUUCACCGUCUGCACUCAAUGGUAUCUUUAAAACUGCUUUGAAAUGCACCUUUUCAAUGUUAAGUCAGCACAGCAAGACUGGCCAGCAGCUUGAAAAGCUUGAAUCAGUCUCAAUAUACUAGAUUUUGAGGUUGGGUUUAAGUAUGUGAUUGAAUUCUGAUGAACCAUGGACCAGAUCCAUGUAUAGGUGCAGGGACUUACAAAUGCCCUGCUUACACCCACCUCUAGGAGAGAAAGGCCACUGUGCGAUUGUCCAAAACUAGCCGGUAUCUUUGACAAGUGGGCCCCAUCCAGGCGCAAGCCCUUGCUCCAUCUUCUAAACACUCAAAUCAAAAACAAAUCAGUUUUGAUCACUGGCAAUGUGGUAAAAAUGUCGCCUAACCUUUCACAGUGAAAGAUUAUUUGGAAAAUACAAAAUAACCACAAAAUGUUAACAGAAACCAGGAUCCAGGGGAUGUUUCCAUAUUGGGUCAUGCAACAUGGUGAAACAUUAUCAUCAUGUUCUGAGGCGUAGUUUUACAAAAAUACAUGCAUCAUGUUAUCUUUUUGGAUAUAUUAAAUGUGAAGAAAUAUGUCAUUGGCUCUUCGUGUUGUGCAGACCAUGCCAGGUCUGCAGAUGGAAAUAGGAUAGAUAAGUUGGUGCUUUGUUGUUAGUAACUUCCACAAUGAAAGAACCGUUGCUUGUUGGCAGAAAUAUUAGGUAUAGACUCUUGGAAGUAUGGCCAAUGCUUUGGGCACCAGAAGUUAAAAGAGUGUUAAAUUUCAUCAGAUUUUUUUUUUAUUUUUAAUAAGAAAGCAGUUCCUCUGGGACACAAACACAUCCACACCAUUCAAAACACAAGAAGUAGAAAUAUCAGUGGAUACUGCAUGUGCUUGUUCAUGCACAAGCACAGUGUCUGUACUCCACAAAAUUUCUCAUUGUAAUUUAACAAAUAUUUGGGACUGUUUAAUUUUUUUUAGAAAAGACAGUUCAAUCAAAAUAGGUCUUGAUAUUUUAAGUAUUUAUCUUUUAAUUAUGAAGAUAUUUGUGUUGAUAAAGUAUUUAGAUGUAUCUUCAAAGUUUUCAUGAUCACCCCUUUAUGGUUCAGAAUCUCACGACACUCUCUCUGACACCCUUGAAUGAAAUUGUAGAUCCAAGACUGGGGCUUGUUCUAGCAACAGUCAGACUUUGUGUGUCAGAAAAAUUUCAAUGUUGGCAUCAAUGACACACUGUUCCAAUAUUAAAAAAGCAGAAGGAACUAUCUCAAAUGUCGAACAGAGCUAAAAGGAGAGAAAUCUCUUUUUAGAUGGUUUUAAGAUGAUCUGUCGUCAUGGGGGCUUCCAUCUGAAUUUUCUGUCUCUCCUUCAGAAAUGGCUUGCAUGGGGGCUGUGUAGAGGCGGCUGCGUGUACUGUAGCGACUGCUGUUGGCUACAGGUGGAAUUCGAGAACGUCCCUGUCGAGAUGCAGCUGACAUGGGAAGGGUUUUGGGGGUGAAACUCUCAGAAUUUGCCCGAGGAAAAAGGCCUGGAAUCUGGAUUUGAUCAAAGCCAGAAAUGGGAGGCUCUGGUAGAGUAGAAGCUGGUUCUUCAGCUUGUCUGAUGGACCCUUCUUGAACAGACUCCCCAGGUAUUUUGGGGGUGAUGGGACUCUUAAGAAUUUCUGUUGCUGACAUCCGGUAACUGGAAUCAGACCUGCUACCUUUCUUGAGCAGCAGGAGUUUAAACUCUUCAUUGGACGUGCUAGAUUUCUUGGCGCUGCGGUAGAUCGGCACAGGGGCUCGUUGUGACCCAGCUGCUGUGGCCAAGGUGGCUGGGAUGUUGAGUGGAGGGGCUGGUGGAAUAAUGACAGUGGUGACAGGUGGCACUGGUGCUGUUGGGCAGAGACGAGACUUCACAUUUAAAUCUCCUGAAUCUUUUCGGCCCAGGACCUUUCUUUUGGAUCUGAGUAAGGAAAUAAAUAGUGAUUUAGGCAAUGCUAAAUUAACACCACAGUAAAAAUUGGCUUUUGAAUUUGCUGGACCACAAACUCUGACAAAAUGUACACUUCACGCAGUACCACCAGCACGUGAAAAAGAUAUACCAUCAAUGAAAAAAUUACCGCACCUGUGUAUCAUUGCAAACAGGUCCUCAGUUGUACGUGUCUUGGAGGGUGAUGUGAUAAUUAUGUCCUCAUCUACCUUGGUGUCAUCCAUCAUGGGGGAGAGCGAAUUAUCACUGGGCGUGGAAUCUACAACAUAAAACAUACCUAUCACAUGUCAUCUGGUUGUCUGAUCACUGGGUGUACUAUUUGUGACUUAACUAUCCCCAUAACUGGUCUUUGUUUUUAACGCAAGGUAACAGCAUGAUUUAGUUGCUAUUUUCAAAGCUGGUUUUAAACGUACAAAAAUAAUAUGUAAAUCAAAUAGUUUUUUUUUUUUUUUUUUGCAUACUCCUCUCUAUUCUAACUACGGUGUGUUUUUGCUGGUAUAAAGCCUACCUUUGCUGAAGUAAUCCUCUGUAUCAGGAGUGGUUGAGUCAUCUUUCCCCUCCGGUAGCUGUUGCUGAUGGGCACUUCUGGUAGCACCUGAUGUCACUUCCUCCUCUUCUUCCUGCUCUUCUUGUCCUCCUUUCCUUGCAUCGCUGAUUAAGUAAGGAUGCGAUGUCUCCAUUGUGGUACCAGGCACUUUGACUGGACUAGCCCAGGGCCCUGAGUCUAAAUGGGAUCCCCCAGCAAACUCAUACGCUGGAGGUGGAUGGUGGUCAGAACGCAUGCCUCCUCUAGAACAUGCAGGCCUUGGCGGCUCUUUUACCUGCUCUUCUUCUUCCUCCUCCUCAUCUUCAUCAUCAUCAUCAUCUUGGGAAAAUGAGCGCUCCCCCAAAACCCUAAACUCAGGGUGUGCAUGAGCUGAGUGAGUGAGCCCUCUAAACUCUGUGUGGGAAUGUAUAUGCGUGUGGAGAUCAACAGGAGAAGGAUGGGGAGCACGAGGCACUGGCCGAUGUAGGGGUGAGCUGUCCUCAGAGAGAUCAGAUGUUGGGUCCAUCCUAGCUCUGAAAGCUGUCAUAGCCCAGAAGGUUCCUGGUCCAUAUCGGUCUUGCCUAAAUAGUAGGCUUUCAUAGGAUGGAGGCCCAUCAGGAUGACGGCCAGGGGGAGGAUGUUGUGAAUGUUCAGGAGAAGAGGUGUGGUGGUCAUGAACUGGGGGUCUUGGGGGUGGUCUGCGAGGAGGGAGAGGCCUAGAGUUAAUGGGUGGUGGAGCAAGAGUAGAACCACUAGGAGGACAUUUGGGUCUUGUAACAGUCUCUGCUACACUUGCUGUGUCCUGGUCUGCAGUAGUAGCACUGUCUGUUGAUUGGCUAACAGAAUGGAGGUGCACUGAACGGAGAGCAGAUGGAGUAAUCCCCGAAAGGUUGGAACUGGGAAUUGUUGGAGCAGAGUUUGAAGUAAGCAGUGGGUGGUUAUUUGAUGUCUCAGGGGCCAGUAACUUUGUUCCAGUAGCUAAAACAUUUCCUACUCUGUGUUUGCUGUGGUGGAGUGUGUGCAUAUGGUGUGUCCGGUGGGAAAGCGUGUGUCUGACAUAACCACCAUGAAGAACAUUUAGAUCAAGUUGAGAUGGUGGAGGCGGGAAGUCUGGGUCUCUCUUGUACCCAGAGGAAAUGGAAGUUCCAUCCCUGGGGAAGUGCUGUAGGGAAGAGAGAGAAGACUUCCUCUCGGGCACUUUGGGCUUUCUUUUGCCAGCUGAGGGAGACAGAGGUCCUGGGAAGAAAGCAGCUGAAGAUGAGGGCAAGGUUGAUGUUGGCGUCUCUGAUUGACUGGAAUAGCCACUUGAAGGUGAGGCCAGGCCAGCUAACUUUUCAGGUGACCCAAGUUUGAAGUCUCCGGGUGGUAGUGGUGGACUAGUAGCCCUGAUUUCUGCCUGAGCAGGCGCUGGGGUUUGAGUGUCAUUGGAGGAGGAAGAGCUGUCUGGUGACUUAAUACACUCCAUGACAGUAGUGCCUGUGGCUGUGCUUGAGUUGGACAUGGACGUGUACUCUCCAUUGUUGGACUUGAGCUCAGAGUUGUGAAGCCACAGGUCUGCAUAGUCAGAUUGCACGGCACCUUCAUCCUUAAACGAGUGUGUAUCUGCUGAGCUGAAGGACAUGGGCUCUACAAUAUCCACUGCUCCACCAAGCCCCAUUCCCCAGGUCCCCAAAGGCUCUGCCACUAAACAAGAUGUCUGUAAUGGUUCUGGAGCACCUCCAAGCUCCAGCUCAAGUUCCAACUUCAUAUCUGUGGAAGACAAUGUAAGUUCUUGUUCACUAACAGUCUUUGGUUGAUCCUGAUCUGUCUGUGUGUCUGUUCCAACAUCAACACUACUACUACUAGUCUCCUUCAACGACGAUGUCCGUUUUGGUGGUGGAGGUUUUACUUUGGGUUUCCUUAGUGGACGACAUGUCCUCCCCAGUGUCAUAGUGCCUGCUCUGAAAUCAGCUGAGAGUGGGGGGUAUACUCCAUGGGAUAAUGGUGCUGCCACAGUGUUGGAUUGGCCACAAACAGGUCCUGAGUCUGCAUAGUUAUAUGUGUAACCUCUGUAACUCUGAUCAUAUUCCCCAAAAUGCACAGAGGAGGAAUAGAAACCCUCUGUAUUUGAUGGGUAAUGAGAGCCCGACUCUUUUUCAGUGUUGCUUGUCUUGUCAUUGUAACAGAUGUGGUCUUCAAGACCUUGUUUAGAGCUGUAAUCUUGAGCUAACCCAUGGCUCUGGUUAAGGUUUUGGGUCUGGUCAAGGUCAUGGUCAGGAUCAGUCUGGUCUUGGUCUGGGGGGUAUGUCCAUUCCCCCUCACUGGCAGUACUGACCCCUGCAUCAUCCAGCUGAUCCGUGGCUGAGGAUGUGAAUGAGCUUGACCUAUGACCCUGCCCCUGGGGUCUGAGGUCAGAGUGGUAUGAUGGAUCCAAGGAGAAUCCUUCAUCAAUGGCAUUGGGCACAGUGUUAAGUGACAACUCUGAAUCACAAUGGGAUGAGCCUGUCAGAGGUGGUGAAGAGGGUGGGGGGAUGGUUUCAGAUGUCUGAGAAGGGCAGGUAGAGCUAGAACCACUCCAGUUUCCACUUGACGACUGGUGGUCCUCCUUGUGGUCUACAUGACUUCCUAGGACCCCUGUUGUAGACACAGAGUGAAUAGGGCUGCUGAAGGUAUCUGAACUUGAUGAAAUCUCACAGCUACCCAUGUCAGCCUUGCGGGGCAAGCGAGAACGGCCCCUCUCCAUCCAGCUAUGUUCUGGACUCCCUCCUCCUCCGCUCCCUCUGUCUCUUUCUCCGGAUCGCUGCAACCUUUUGAGGCUUCCAAGUUGCAGUGGUUCAGGAGCUGCUUGGUCAUCUGUGCUCUCUUCUUCGUCUUUCAUCAUCAUCAUCUUCAUCCUUGGACUUGGGCCAGGUGGAAUAAAGUCCUCUGCUUCAUAAGGUGAGAGCUCCUCAUCCUCGUCAUCAUCAUCAUAAUUGUCAUCGUCAUCCUCAUCACUGUCCAUCAGACGUCCACCUUCUCGUGGUAGACUUCGAGAGCGCAAUCGUACACCAUGAGCUGCAGUACUGGUAUAUGCGGAAUCGGACUGGUCUCCCAGAGAAGAAAUAUUCCCUGUUGAAUGGGAAAGAGAAGAAGGGAUCCCUUGAUGGCCACGUUGCGCUCUGAUGCGCCUUCUGGAGGGUGCAGCUGUACCUGAAGAGGUAAAAAGGAAAGGAGAGGGAAGGGAACAGAGGGACAUAUAUCUUACUCUACAUGUAUGUUGGCCAUACAGACCAAAGCAAGUUACCCUAAAUAAAUAAUUUGAAUUAAACUUUGAAUGGAUCUAAUUUGCAGAUGAAAGCAUUCUGGUUUGGUAAUUUAAUGGCUGCCUUCAGAUGGUUGUCCUGUUGGGAGUUCCUAAAAACACGGUUUUUCAUUGGUUGGGCAUGCUUGGAAAGGAUGAUGCUGUACAUAUUUUUUAAGCUCCAUGAUCAUCUGAACUGCUGUGUAAAUUCUUCAUGUAUUUUUGUUUAAAAUCCAUCACCAAGAAGACCACUGUGUCCAGUUUGAAACCCAAAGUCAGCACACAAAAAACAAAACACAACUGUGACAAGUUUAGGCAGCCAAACCAGAAAAUCAUGGUUUGGGCAAAAGCAUCAUACCUGUAGGCCCACUACACGAAUGUCCCCAUAUUUUCAUCCCAUAAAAGCCUAAACAUGUCAGCACUAGCUGUACAUUUUUUUUUGUAUAAUGUUAAGGUUGUCCGUUUAAGUUUAGAUUAACUAACAGCUUGAAAAUGUUACUGGAAAGUCUGCUAGUGAUUGAAGCUCAAUGAGGAAUAACACAAAAGUGUAAUCCUAGGUUGAAAAAAAACUUGAUUAAAAUUUAUAAGGUUCACAUUUUGCCAACCUAUCCCAAAAGUUCUGGGACUACCCAGAGCAAACUGAAAAACACUCCAAUUAGGCACACAGCACUGUAUGUGAUAUAUGUGAGACACUGCCCCAGGGUAAUACACCGUGUUUUUAGGGAGUCCCCUCUCCUCUUCAAACUUAGCAAUGGCAGCUAUCUGAGGAGGAACAGAUCUACACAUUAUCUUAGAAAUAGUCCCAAUAUAGUACUAAAGAAAAACAUUUUGUAAUUUUAUUUAAAUCAGGACUGACUCAAGAGAAAUCCUCGUCCUAGUCAGUAGCACUAAUAUGUGAGCCUGAUAGACUAAAAGGAAUUGCAAUAAAGAAGAAUAUAUACUUGUGCAUUCUCAGAAACGUACAUGCUAUAAGGAAAUCAUCUGUCUGGCAGCCAGAGUCACGAGUGUGAUGGAGGCGACCACUGAUAGAGAGGUCUUCCUGACAGAGAGAGAGUUGGUGCGGGUUGGCAUGGACGAUCACUGUGCGCUCCCUUGCUACGGGUGAUUCAUCUGAGUCUGAAUGCGAAGAGACAAAGCAUGUUGAGUGUCCAAAAUAUCAAGGACAAACCUUUUCUUAGAGGAUAUAAGGAAAAGAGAACCAAACAUGGCCUCCACAUUGAAAGGUGAUCCACAAAACAACAGAGCCCUUUUUGAAGUUUUGGCCAUUAGUUCUAAGCUAGCUUUACUGAAGUGAAUCAGUCCCUCUAGGACUAUGGAUAAAGUUGUUAAAAAAUCAACAUUCGAGCAUAUACUAAAAUAUUUUAACUUAGAGAAAAAAAGUAAAAAUGUAGUUUGUGUAAAUUGCAGUAGUCAUUUGCAUUAAAGUAAACUGCAUGCAGAGCAGGUAAUUAGAUCCAAGUUGAAGCAAGAUGAAGCCCAUAGAUUGCAAGUACAGGCUGGAAACAGCUGUAAUUGACUGCAGGUGUUUUUGAUUUCAUGUUGUUGUUGAUGCUUAGAUAGCUUACUCUCAUUGAUUUAUGGCUGUAUUGCCAAUAUCAUCCCCAGCCAUCAGUAACUGAAUGGGUAAAAUAUCAAUGAAACCUAUAACAAUUUGUCCAAGCUCCAAAAUUAGGACCCACAGUUCAAAAUAAUACCCCAAAUUUUCCAAAUUGUGCUUGAAAACAUACCCAUGUCAUGUUGUACUCUUUUGGGUAUUCCUGUGAUAGUCUUCCUCCUCCUCAGCUUUCUUCGCCUUUGAAGAACUGACUGGGAAUGGACCAGAGAGCAACGAGCACUUGCUUCCCUGUCAAAUCCAACUCCUGCAAUAACAAAACAAAAGCCAUGCAGUGAGUCUGGUUUUAAUUCAUGGUUUGGGAAGAUUGCUCUUUGUUUAAGAGCUCCUGGUGAAAUCCUCUCUUCUGCCAACCCUGAGCUAGCCAACUUUCCAACUGUUCAGCUCUUAAGAAAAAUCCUCCACUUUUGCCAGCCAUAAUUUUGUUGUUGAGUUAAUUCAGAUUUCUACAUUUUAAUUGACAAAUGAUGAAAUAGAGCCAUUUUCUUUGUGGCGCAGGAAGUUUAGAAAGGUGAAAAACAAGAAGAUCAACAGCAACACUGAACAAAGCAGAAUCCUUCUGUUUUGUAAGUGUUUAGUUUAUUAUGCCCUUGGUAAAUGCCUUUGGUGAAUGUCACUAACAUUUGCCAAUCAGUGCCGUUUCUAAUCAUGUCAGUCUUGUGGACCUCGUGCAAAAAUCUCCUGUAACUUUUUUAUCAAGCUGGUAAGAGCAGCCUGCAGUCAUCCUGGGAUUACUCUUAUAGACAUUAACCUCACAGUCUGAAUCUUUACACUCAGUGCAAACUACAAAUUAAACACCCCUGUGAAUUAAUGUGUAGGAAAAUGAUUUUAAGUUUUUAUUUAAUGAAAUUUAUGAAUUUAUGAACCAGUAAGAUCUGGAUUCAAUUUUGUACCUUGAAUUUUACUUGUAAACAGACAACGCAAUGUAACGUAUAAUGAGAGUCCCAAACUGAAUACCUGUGUUGUCAGUAAAGAAUAAGAAAACAUAUAUCCACCUGUAUACCACAGUUUGGAAGUCAGCAGGACCAGGAAAUAACCCUACAGCUGACAUGAAGUUGAUGAACAGUAACCCCCAGCCAAUAACUGAGGUUAGUGUCUGGCAUUCGCAAACCAUAUCUAAUACUGUGUUCUCCUCAUUGGUUGUUAGUUUAUAAUUAGUGAGUGAAGAUACAGAUGAUUACAAAUGACAAGCAGAUAAAAUGUGGAUUUGUCUGUGAACGUGGUGUCAAGCUUUAUGACUCAUUUAGUCAGUCCACUUGAUGAUUUGAUUCAUGAUCUACAUCUCAUGCAUUACUUGUCUCUCCCUAUGUUAGUCUUUAUUUCCAUUUUAUUUAUUUAUUUUCUGUUUUUUUUUUGAAGCUAAGAAAGGGGAGCAGGAGAGAACUACAGAGAGGAAGAGAGAGUGUGAUAAUAGCGUCCCAAUACUUGAUCAGUUUUUUCUUUGGAAAAAUCAGACCAUAUUUUCAGUAGCCUUCUCGUCAGAGUUGCAAGACUAAUGUCAAGUGAAGGCAGACUGAGAGAACCUGAAUCCCUCAUGUGAGGUUAUUUUUACGGGAUAUAAAAAGUAAAGCCUGUUCUAAACAGCUUAACUGAAAACAGCCAUUUUUUUCCUUAAAAAUCCAGCCCCAAUGGUUUGUAAAACCCAAUUCUUUGGAACCUUUCGAGCCCAUAUUGUCUAAGUCAUAUAUUGUGAAAAAUUUAACUUGCAAGUUGCACUAUUUUAGAUUUUAAAAAGCAUAAUAACACUUCAUUUGUAUUUGCAUUUUUCUUCCUUUUAUCUUACCCGUGACGUUGAUGGGGAUAAUGCACGAGGAGAUGAGAGAAUCAGACGUAUUCUGAUCUGAUGGUGGGUGGUUUUCCUUGGACCAGUUUGUCUGUUUAUCCUGGGUUGAGGGGGCAUUUUGGACUGAGGAUUUGACUCUGUGGCCUCCCAGGACUUCGCCAACCUCACCUUCCUCUGCAGAGGUAGCCUAAAAACAGACAUUACAGCCACAAUAUUUAUACACGCAACUUUCACAUACUUUCUUAGGCAGAUCUCAGUAUUUUUACUAAAAUAGAAAUGUGUGGCAUAGCCUUCACUGCCACUAUUUUUAUGAUACUUUUAACAACAACCGUUCAAUAGUUCACAUUUGAAGGGGUAAAGAAAAAUCAUAAUCUAAAAGUAAUAAGAAAUUAAAACAGAGAUGCUUGAUACCUUUCUAUUCCAUGGAAUGAAGAUGCAACCUUCAAUAGGGUGAAGUGAGUAAAAGCACUCAAACUAAGAACACAAGAUACAAAAAAAAGAAAAACAAAAGGACAAAUGAUGUGAAAAUACAAAAUAUGUUUGAAAUAAAAGCUUGAAAAGAAAGUCAAACGAUGAAAGAGUCAUUUUUCUUGACCUUAAUUUGUGAGGUCUUUUUGGUGGUUGAGGCUCAGCUGAAGGCAAAACUGUCCUCUUGACAGGUGAACUUGCUCUAACUAGCAACUGACUUUGAAAAAUUGUAGGGAAAAGAAAGCGUCAUUUUAAUAAGCUGAUGAUGAGAGUAGACGGGCUGACCCAUACCUCCUCUCUUUGUGGGUUGAUGAUUUGAUUGGAUGGCCAAAGC